AGGAAGUGAUUUCUCGCGGUUUUAAAAGUUGAGCUUCCACUUACCAAUCAUUUCAUGCAGAAAACCACAUUUUAAAAGAGCAUUUGUCUUCGGGCCUUUGGAAACAUUCACCAGACAGAAGUGUCAUCUCUGUGGAGUGGGUGGAUUCAAAAGCCUGGACCCAGGCAACAAAGUAACCCUCAACCGAGCAGCAGACCGGGACGACGCUCCUCCAGAAGAGCCUGAGGUUUAAACACAACUAAAAGUGAGCGGAGGAGUCUCUAGUGUCACCUGUCACCUGUCACCUGUCCGCUCAACACCUGGCCGACGGGGUGCGGUCUGCGCAUGCGCCAUCAUCAGGUCUAUUAAAGCUCUUGGACCAGCACCUCCCCUCCAGUGGAGCUCGGGUCUAGCCAGGGUUCAGAGGUCUCCUUCCAGGUCUCCUCCCAGGUCUCCUUCCAGGUCUCCUCUCUGCACACAGCUGGAUUAUUCCUCCCUGUCGUCCGACCCCAGAGAUGCCUCGCUCCUUCAUGGUGAAGAGUAAGAAGGCGCACAGCUACCACCAGCCCCGGUCAGAGGAGGACAGGCUGGACACGGUGCACAUCUGCUCAGAAGCAGAUCAGCUCCAGGCCCACAGGUUCGGUCUCUCCCCGGACCACCACCUGUCCGACGCUGCUGAUUUCUCCCCGCAAAGCUGCACCGACAGUGUGUGCGGUCGCUCCCCGGACUACGAGGACUUCUGGAGGCCUCCAUCUCCCUCAGCAUCCCCAGUGGACUCUGAUAAAUCGCUCUCUCCGUUGGUGGAAGAGACCCGGCCCUUCACCAUCCCCUUCCGGCCGUAUGCCUGGAGCAGCUACCCCCUGGUGCAGCAGAGCCUCCACCCCGGCCUGGAGGUGGACAGGGCCCCGGCAGCGUUGGCCUUCUACGGGGACAGGAGCACCUCGGGCCUUUACGCAGAGGAGCCGUACGGAGACUACAGGAGGCACUCUGCUGCCCUGCUGUUCCCACAGGGAGGAGGCCUGCACGGGAAGGCCCACACCGGGAAGGCCCGGGCCGACCUGCUGUGCUCCAGUCUGGUCCUCAACGGGGCCUUCAAGUGCAUCAAGUGCAGCAAGGUGUUUUCCACUCCGCAUGGUUUGGAGGUCCACGUCCGCAGGUCGCACAGUGGCACCAGGCCAUUUGCGUGUGAAAUCUGCGGCAAAACCUUCGGACACGCAGUCAGCCUGGAACAACACAAAGCCGUGCAUUCUCAGGAAAGAAGCUUCGACUGCAAGAUAUGCGGCAAAAGUUUCAAGAGGUCUUCUACUCUGUCCACUCACCUGCUCAUCCACUCCGACACCCGGCCCUACCCGUGCCAGUACUGUGGGAAGAGGUUCCACCAGAAGUCCGACAUGAAGAAGCACACCUUCAUCCACACAGGUGAGAAGCCACACAAAUGCCAGGUGUGCGGGAAAGCCUUCAGCCAGAGCUCCAACCUCAUCACACACAGCAGGAAGCACACCGGCUACAAACCCUUCGGCUGCGACCUCUGCGGGAAAGGGUUCCAGAGGAAAGUGGACCUGAGGAGACACAACGAGACCCAGCACGGCCUGAAGUGAGGCGGGCUGCGAACACAUGAUGUAACUGACUUUAUGUGAAUCAUUGUUCCUGAAAGGAGGGAGGACAUCUGACAAACAAGCGCCGAGUUUGAGGACAUUUCUUGGCUCAAGACUCACUUCGAUCCACUUUGUAAAAAAAAAAAA